GUCCGUCCGUCCGUCCGCGCGGCAGCAGCCGCGGAGCGAAGGCGAGAGCGGGCGGUGGCCAGGCCAGUGGCCGAAGGAUCUGAUUUGCCCCAGAUGAACCCCGUAUGACUGCUUUUGUCCAGAGAGGCAUCAUGUGCUUUCUUGGUCCUGUCUUCUCCGUCAAGGGGAAUGCCAUGGCCAGUUCCUCGGACAGUGAGGAUGACAGCUUCAUGGCCGUGGACCAAGAAGAAGCUGGAGUGGAGGGGACAAUGGAGCAAGAUGAGGAACCCCGCCCUGAACUGGAGAUUGAGGAGACAAGACAUAACAGGUCUAUGUCUGAGCUGCCUGAAGAGGUUCUGGAAUAUAUCCUGUCUUUUCUCUCACCGUAUCAGGAGCACAAAACCUCAGCCCUUGUCUGCAAACAGUGGUACCGACUUAUUAAAGGUGUGGCCCACCAGUGUUAUCAUGGCUUUAUUAAGGCUGUCCAGGAAGGAAACAUUCAGUGGGAGAGUCGAACUUAUCCCUACCCUGGAACCCCGAUCACUCAGCGGUUCUCACAUAGUGCGUGUUACUAUGAUGCUAAUCAGUCCAUGUAUGUCUUUGGAGGCUGCACCCAAAGCAGCUGCAAUGCUGCCUUCAAUGACCUCUGGAGACUCGAUCUCAAUAGUAAAGAGUGGAUCCGACCUCUGGCUUCAGGUUCUUAUCCCUCCCCUAAAGCUGGAGCUACUCUAGUGGUAUACAAGGACUUGCUUGUGUUGUUUGGGGGCUGGACACGGCCGAGCCCUUAUCCUCUGCACCAACCUGAGAGGUUCUUUGAUGAAAUACACACUUACUCACCCUCUAAAAAUUGGUGGAAUUGCAUAGUAACAACGCAUGGACCACCACCUAUGGCAGGCCACUCCUCCUGUGUGAUAGAGGACAAAAUGAUCGUCUUUGGUGGUUCCUUAGGAUCCCGGCAAAUGAGCAAUGAUGUUUGGGUCCUCGACCUCGAGCAGUGGGCCUGGUCCAAGCCUAAUGUCUCUGGCCCCAGCCCUCACCCUCGAGGUGGCCAGUCUCAGAUUGUCAUAGAUGAUGAAACUAUCCUGAUCCUUGGAGGAUGUGGUGGCCCGAAUGCACUGUUUAAAGAUGCUUGGUUACUGCACAUGCACUCCAGCCCCUGGACCUGGCAGCCUCUCAGGGUGGAGAAUGAAGACCAUGGAGCCCCAGAGUUGUGGUGUCACCCAGCCUGCCGGGUGGGCCAGUGUGUGGUGGUUUUCAGCCAGGCUCCCAGUGGAAGAGCGCCCCUCAGCCCAAGUCUGAACUCCCGCCCGUCUCCCAUCAGCGCCACUCCUCCGGCUCUGGUGCCUGAAACCCGAGAGUACCGCUCCCAGUCUCCAGUAAGGAAUAUGGAUGAAGCGCCUUGUGUCAAUGGUCGCUGGGGAACCUUACGCCCCAGGGCACCGAGGCAGACCCCAUCGGGAUCCCGAGAAGGGAGCCUUUCCCCCGCCAGGGGUGAUGGCUCACCUGUCCUCAAUGGUGGAAAUUUAUCCCCAGGAGCAGUAGCAGUUGGUGGGGCCUCCCUGGACAGCCCUGUUCAGGCAGUCUCUCCAAGUACCCCCUCAUCAGCUGAAGGCUAUGACCUAAAAAUGGGGCUUUCUCUGGCUCCCCGGCGAGGGUCUCUGCCAGACCAGAAAGACCUGAGAUUGGGAUCGAUGGAUUUGAAUUGGGAUCUCAAACCUGCUUCCAGCAGUGGUCAGGUGGAUGGCAUGGAUGCCAGGACAGUUGGGGGGAGCGUGAGGAAUCCUCCAGAGCAGACAAAUGGGGUUCACACACCUCCCCACAUGGCCAGCACUCUCACGGGAGCUGUGUCCCCAGGCGCUCUCCGACGGAGCCUGGAAGCUGUCAGAGCCCUUUCCUCUAAGGGCCCACCUGCCCCUGCAGCACUGAGUCCCCCACUGGUGUCUUCCCCUGGGUCCCCAGGGAGCCAGAGCGUGAGCGGCGUUGAGGCGGUGCCCAUCCCGCGCCCUGGGCCCGCCCAGGGUGACGGGCACUCCUUACCUGCCAUCGCCCGGCGCUUGGGCCAUCAUCCGCCACAGUCUCUGAACGUUGGCAAGCCCUUGUACCAGAGUGUGAACUGCAAGCCCAUGCAGAUGUACGUGUUAGACAUUAAAGACACCAAGGAGAAAGGGCGGGUCAAGUGGAAACUAUUUAACAGCAGUUCUGUGGUUGGCCCGCCCGAGACCAGUCUGCACACAGUGGUGCAAGGCAGAGGGGAACUCAUCAUUUUUGGUGGCCUCAUGGACAAGAAACAGAAUGUGAAGUACUAUCCCAAAACAAAUGCCUUGUACUUUGUGCGAGCAAAAAGAUAAUAUGGCAAAAACUUGCUUCCAACCUUUUUCCUUUCUGUGGCUUUUAAUUUUGAAUUUUACACUGUCAUGCAGGCAUUCAAACUGUGAAUUGGGCAAACAAAGAAUUAAGUAGCCCCACAAACCAAAACCCCAAUUCCCAAUCUAAUGCUCGCUCUGGGCUAGGGUCAGAUCCCCAUUUAAAAACAAAUUAUAUCAAAUAUCUAUAUCUAUAUCUAUAUCUAUAUCUAUAUUCUAUAGCCAACUCUGUUUACAAAAGGGGAGCAAUCUCCGUGCUGGUUCAGAUAAAACUGUUGCUGUGUUUUAGCAGAGGCUCUUCUGCCUUUUUCUAUUCUGCUGGUAAUUAGACCAAGAAUUUAGGGAACAGAUCACCUAAUCUCAGUUCCCUGCCAAGAGAACUGAAGAGUGGCAGGUAAGAAGAGGUGCAGGAGGGGGUGCCCAUGAGCUCAGGUCCCCUGAGAGAUCAGUGCAUGCAGGGCCAGACCCAGGGUCUGCAGAGAAGCUAGUAGAGGAGGAAUGAUGGUGAGAAAGGGAGAAGAGAGUGAGGAGGGGAAGCUGUUCCAUGUCUGUGCCAGGAUCAUCACGAACUGGUGUGCUUGUGCCCAGGCCACAGGGCCUGCCCUGGUUGGAAGGAGUAGGGCUAAAACAUCUGUUUCUGAUUCUGAAAUCUCUGACUAUCCCAUUUGGUUGGGAGCUGCCAAAACCCACGUCCCCUUCACUUGCUCCCCCUUAAAUGUCAUCUUGUGGAAUCUGCUUUUCCUUCUUGUAGGAUUUCAGUGCAAAUGUGGAUGUUUGGGGUUGUUUAAAGCCCUACCCUUCAACACUUUGCAGAUGAAAGUAAAAUGAGGCUUGGAAUCCUGAAACGAUCACGUCCUUGUCAGAAAUAUUUGGGGAGCUUGACUUUUCCCAGCAUCCUUAGCAAACCAGUGGAGAAUUCAAAGAUGCUUUUGAAUCAUCCGAGGCUUUACACAUAAGAUAUUUUUAGCACCUUAAAAUUGCUUUCUCUUCUACACAUUUUUUUUUCUGCCAGUGAGCAUCAGAAAUAUGCAACCACAUUUGUAAAGGAUAUAAGAAGUUGGAGGGCAGAUAUUUCUCAUCCUCAGAAAGGGUUUGUCUUAUUAGAUGGAUAGGAAAGGGUCCUUUUCCCAGAGAUCAUUUUGGUCCUUUCUGCAUCUGUGUUCGCUGGUUUGCCAUCAGUCAAGAGAUUCAGUUCAAGUUGUGGAGUCUGGUGAAGCCAUCUCUGACCUGGCUAGGAGGCUCUGUCCACCACAGUCGUGCAGACAACGCCAGCAUCCGUCCCAUGCAGCUUGGGUAUUUGUCUCAUUCUUUUCUGAGAUAAGUUGUUCCGAAUAGAUGAGAUAUUCGGGCAGUCUCCAAAACCAUGGCCAGGACACAGGAAAUACUGGCAAAAACCGAACUCUAAUGGCAUUAGCAGGUAUCAGGCUGAUCACUUAAUUGUGAUUAUUGGUGAUUUUUAACAUUCAAGUAUGAUUUUUUUUUAAAUGAAAAGUUGCCCCUCCUCCCCUCAGUCUUAUUGAAGUUUCCCAAAUGCAAGUGAUAAAAGAGACUUGAUUUCUGCUAGUUCUGGAGGCUUGGUUUUUAGCCAACCCUUGGAAUUUAUUUGAUGAAAAAGGGUUCUUUCUUUUCUCCUGGUACAGUGUGCAGAAUCUUCCAUUCUCACUGCUCCCCCAACCUGUAAUGUCUGGUGUUGGUAGAAAAGCUCUGCUGUUGCCAAGUCCCAUUAGGAGCCGGUUCCCAUCAGCGGGACGUGUCUGAGAAGCUGUUCCAUCCUGACUGAGUAAUCCUCACUCACGUGCCUACUUACUGUAUUACCUGACUCAUUAAAGCUCAGCAUGCAUCUCCCCCACAUAACCUGGGGAGGGGCUUUUUCCAGUUCCCAUUUGGCAAGGACUGUUAGGUUGUAUGGGCUCUCCAGUCAACCUGAAAAUAUAUACUAGAAGAAUAGUAAUUUAGCCAUGGUUACUUAAUAGAGAGCAGCUUUAUCCAUGACAUUGUGUUUGUGAGCAGUUGUCUCCACACCCAGUUCCUAUUUAAACGUAAUUAAGCAUCUAGAAGAUAAGGAGUGGGGUGGGGUGGGGUGGGGGUUGGGCAGGAAUCUCCAUGAAGGGUUGAAAUCACACCUUGAAAAGAAACCCCAUAAUUCUGCUCUAUUGACUUUCUAACUGGUCAUCAUUGCUCCUAUAUCCUCAGAGAGGAGGCAAAGGAGGGGUAGGGGUAUGCGCGCAUGCGCACGUGUGUGUGUGUGUGUGUGUGUGUGUGUGUGUCCUCAGAGAAGAGGCAGAGGAAGGGUAGGGGUGUGUGUGUGUGUGUGUGUGUGUGUGUGUCUCCUCAGAGAGGAGGCAAAGGAGGGGUAGGUGUGUGUGUGUGUGUGUGUUUCUGCUGCCCCAGACAGUUCUCUCAGAUACCUUUGGAAUCUGAGGGCAUACAGUGUUGCACACAUAAUCCAAAACAAAACCCAGCAUUUGUUUACAGCUCUUCAAGUCAUCUUCCUGGUCCCCACACAUCAGUCGUGGUAUUGGCUAGGUGACACCUGCUUAAUGUUCCUUUGAUCUGGUUGCCACCAAACUCCAACGGCACCAUUGCCAAGUAUCAUCAGGGGCUGGUCAAGAAACUUGAGCCUGGUCAAGCUGGACAGUGUGGACAGAAAGCCGACCUAACCAAGAUGGUUGUCUCCUCAGGACCACCUGAAAGCCACAUGCUCGGAUGAGCCGAGGCGAGUGUUUCCGUGGUGCAUUGGACAGAGUCUCAGCUAGAUGAGACAUCACCGUCACUCUGUCUCAAUACUCUCUGCGCCAAUUUUGUCUUAAGAUCAACCGAGAAAAAUGAGACAAAACUUAUUUUUAAACACACCUCAGGAGCGCCUAAAAUGAGUAUUUAUCAGUAUUUAAAUAUUUAAGAUAAAUUUGAAGCUAUACUUGAAGCUUUAACCCCUUCCAUUCCUGCAAGAGUGCCUUCAAGAUUCCCGGCAUUGCAUUGACUUUGAAAUUCACCUCAUUGACUCUGUAGCAAGAUUUUGAGUAUGUUCCCACCCUCCCAUGGACAGGACUGAAAAUUCUGUCAUCCCACUUGAUAUACACUACACGGCGUGGGUUUCGGGAAGAGGGGUGAGGGCGGGAAGGCUUGGCUGCACAUCUCCAAUGCUCUUCCAAAUAGGUGGGGUGGGAGUUUUGCCUCUUUGGGGAGAGCAUAGAAUAUGUCUACACAGAAACAGGAUUCCCCUUUCCCCUCCCCCCCUUUUUUUCUUUUAAGGCAAAGCUGGACUUACCAUUAUCCCAGGCUUCUGUUUGCAUAACUUCAUUUUUGGAUUCUUAAGCUUUACAACAGAAGAUGAACCUAUCAAAAGUAAUCUAAGAAUGACAUCGAGACCUUUACAUUUUGUUUUAUUAACUUGAAGGGUCAGUGACCUUUGACUACAAAAGGCUUAUAGUAAGUGGAGAAUGAAUACCUUCCCCUUACCUGUCUCUCUCAGUCUCUUUCUGCUUUGCUUCUUCCCUUCCCCUUCCAAGUGAUGUUCCAUCUGUCCUCGUCCCUGUGGUGAUCCAGGCAUGGUGAUGUACGCUGCUUUGCAUCCUGUGUGGUCUCUUAACCAGCUCGUAAGUCAGCUGAAAGAGUCACAACAACCCCCAGCCCAAAUUGGCAGAAGCCAGGACUUCCUUCUUCCUGUCUCCUGCUCUGCUCCUUCCCGACUUCUUCCCACCAUGUGUUGCAGAAGGCAUGUUCUGCAGGGUUACCAGUAAAUGACUCCCACAGUGGUUCAUUGUGAAAGGGAAGAGGAGUGUUGGUGGUGACUCCUCUGCCCCUUGCACUCCGCUCUUGCCAGCCAGGGUUCUGGCAGUGCAUACAGCCUGAGCUCUGGUAGAGCUUACCCUGGAAUAGUCAUUUUAGGCACACAAGUGUAGGAAUGAUUUCAUUGGUAUUUAAAUCUGUGUCAAUUUCAUUUUAUGUUAAUGUUUCCCCCUGAUGAAUUUUUAGCAAUUUAACAAAUAAAAAGGAACUAUGGAGAGAA